CUCACAUACAAACUGAAGCAGAAUGUCAUCAUUUGUCCCAGAGCUGGAUCUGGGUCUGGAUUUGGGUCUGUCCCCCCAGCAGGAGCUUCCGUCUCUGGGUGUGGACCCGUCUGACUUCAGCCUGUACAGUCCUCCAGCUCCUCCUGAACCCGGUCUGUCCUGGCGGCCUCCAGUCUGCCUGAGCAGCCCUGCUCCAUCAGGGGCUCCUGGGGCCAUGAUGGGGGCCUUCUACUCUCACCUGUAUGGCCCCUGGUUGUCCUUUGGCUCCACAGAUGAGAUGCUGCGUCUAGUCCGGCCUCCAUACUCAUACUCUGCUCUCAUCGCCAUGGCAAUCCAGAGCGCUCCAGAGCAGCGCCUGACACUCAGUCAGAUCUAUCAGUACGUCUCUGACAACUUUCCCUUUUACAGCCGCAACAAGGCAGGCUGGCAGAACUCCAUCCGACACAAUCUGUCGCUCAACGACUGUUUCCAGAAGGUUCCCCGUGACGACAAUGACCCCGGUAAAGGAAACUAUUGGACUUUGGAUCCAAACUGUGAGAAGAUGUUUGACAAUGGAAACUUCCGCCGCAAAAGGAAGAGGAAGGCAGACAACAUUACCUCCAACAAGAAGCCUUCCUCUCCCUCCUCUUCCUCUUCCUCCUCUUGCUCCUCCUCCUCCAAGCCCAGCCCCCUGGGCCUCAGUGGCUUCUUUCAGGACUCACUCUUCCCUCUUCCUCCUGACUCUUCCUCCUCCUCUUCCUCCUCUGUGUAUGUCCCAGAGCAGACUCUUCCUCCUCCAGCUCCUCUUCCUCAGGGGUUGAGUUCUUCGUACUCACCUGGGGCUGUGGUCCCACAGUGGGACACCUGUAGCUCCUCCCCUCCCCCCACUCCACACUUCAGCAGCUCUCCACCCCUGUACACUGAGCUGCAAACUGCUGCUGCUGCUCUGCCUGAACUGCAGGACCUGCAGCAGAUCCAGGACCUACAGCAGAUCCAGGACCUACAGCGGAUCCAGGACCUGCAGCGGAUCCAGGACCUACAGCGGAUCCAGGACCUGCAGCAGAUCCAGGACCUACAGCGGAUCCAGGACCUACAGCGGAUCCAGGACCUGCAGCAGAUCCAGGACCUACAGCGGAUCCAGGACCUACAGCGGAUCCAGGACCUGCAGCAGAUCCAUGACGUGCACCAGAUCCAACAGACCCAGAACCAGCCUCUGUUCUCUGGAGGCUUCAGUGAACCUCUGGUCCUGGACCCUCUGUUCCUCCAGCAGUGGACAGACUCAGUCUGAACCAGUUCACACCUGGACACGACAAGAAUCUGAGGCAGACUGAAAACUUUACAGGACAAGAGUCUUACUGAGACUAAAAAACUGGUUUACAAAUGUGCAAAAAGGUUUACAAAGGUCACAAGAUAAACCCCAUAUGUGACACGUAUGAAUCAAAGAGAAAAUGUGUCAUAAUGUCAACUAUAAAUGAGUAAAAACUGGAUGAUACAAUCAAAAGUUUAAUUAAUUAGGUGCAUUACAUUGACAAAAAAGAACUUAAAUUAUUUUUGAAAUUAAAUUAUUUGGUUAUUUAAAUGAAGAAAGUAAGAACGAAAGAAUGAUAAUGAAUAUGUUAAAGUUGUCAAAUGUUUGUUUGAACCAAAAUGCACUGAAGUCAUCUGAAAUGUCUGUAUUUAUCUUUUUUUUUUUCCAUCGUUGUUUAAAUGUAAUUAAUACGGGUGGUGAAUGUUUUCUACAUUGUAAAUAUGAUUUAAAGGUUUUUGGAAUAAAAAACAAA